GUCGUUGUUUUUAAAAUAUGUUUUUCCGAAUCGGAAAUGUUGUUUCCCGCGAAAAGAGAACAUUUACGAGCAGAUUUACAUCGAAGGGCAUCUUAGAUAAUAGGGAGCUACCGCCACGAUUAGACCAUUCCAUUGCCCCAAAGUAUGAAGUAUUUCGAGACAUUGAUGCGCCGGUUAUUUUCGAUGUGGAAGAAGAACGACUUAUGUUCAAAAGAAAAAUCAUCUACACCAACAUAACUAAUACAUUCAAGGACAUCAACCUUUCUCGAGCAGAGGAAGGGGUAUUCGAUCUUAAUGAUUUAGUUGCCAUUCUGAAAUUGCAAAAUGUUAUAGAUAUGUUUGUUUGUGCUGUACCGAAACACAUAAAGUAUGUAGAUUAUAUGUGUGUUGUUUCCGGUCGUAACAGGAAGCACAUGUUGGGAAUAGCCGAGACAGUUAAAAAGACCUUCAAAAUCAAAAGACAUACGUCUGAUCCAAUUCCAAAGAUAGAAGGAGAAACCAGCAGUGACUGGAUGGCAAUGGAUCUGGGCAAUAUUGCAAUGCAUAUUUUCUCGCCAGCAGCACGAGAGCGGUAUGAUUUGGAAUCCCUCUGGACAGUUGGAGCAUCUUACGAUAGAGAGUUUAAUAAACCAAAGGAAGAUAUGGUACAGUUGUUCGAGAAGCAUACGGUGUAUUUGCACGAUUUAAAAUCGCUGAAUUGAGGAAACAUAUACGACCUACGUUUUUAAAGUUUUGAAAAAAAGCGAACUUUUGGUAAAAUUGUUUGUAUCCCAUCAAAAUAUAUGGAAGUGUUCUCCUGUAAAAAUUGUAGUGUUUUUUUGGCGCAUAUGAAGCAGCUUAAUAAACCCGGGGAUACAUGAAGCGUAAA